AUGGCAACCUUCAACAAUGGUCAAUUCCCUGUAAAUUUACCAGUCUUGGAUGGAAAGAACUAUGACAGUUGGAGCAAGCAGAUGAAAGUCUUGUUCAACUAUCAAGAUGUGAUGGAUCAAGUUACCAAUGGUGUGGAUCCACUCACAGAAGGAGCAACAGAAAAUCAAAGAACUCAGCACAAAGAGUUAAAGAAGAAGGACUUCAAAGCCUUAUUCAUAAUCCAUCAAAGUGUAAGCCCAGAUAUAUUUGAGAAAGUUGGUGACUGUGAGUCUGCAAAACAGGCUUGGGAUAUUUUGGCUGCAGCUUAUGCUGGUGAUCAGAAAGUAAAGAAAGUGAAAUUACAAACCCUAAGAAGACAAUUUGAACAACUGCUAAUGGAGGAUAAAGAAACUGUAAGUGAUUUCUUUACUAGAGUUGCAAAACUGGUUAAUGAAAUGAAAGCAUGUGGUGAAACUGUGUCUUGUUCAAUGAGAGUAGAGAAGAUUCUGAGAUCAUUAUCUCCAAGGUUUGAUUAUGUAGUAGCAGCUAUAGAGGAAUCUACAGAUCUUGAUAGCAUGAAAGUUGAAGAAUUACAGGGAUCUUUAGAAGCACAUGAACAAAGAAUGAAUCAGAGAAAUUCUGACAAGUCUAAAGGUGAAAUUGCUCUGCAGGCUCAACAGAAUUACAAAGAUAAGAAGGGAAAGGGUAAAUGGAAUGGUAACAAAGGGAGAUGA